AGGAGUUACAAAAGAGAAAGAGAAAGUCUUAGGUUACUGAUAAAAGUUGCUGAAAAGUUUAUUUUCAAAGGUUACUAACUACUGCGAGAGAUACAGCGAGAGGAGGGUCUGGUCUUUAAGACAACAACAGGAAAUGACAUUUUGGUCAGGUUAAGCUUGACAGCAAUAACCACAACGCUGACAUGUGUGCUUGUGUCCCCAUACUGGGAGUGAUUGUGUAUAUGCGCUGUGGACUCAGAAGUUCAGGAAAUAUCCUUUUGAACUCAUAAAUAAAGCCAAGUGCCCAUGUCAGCAGCUGCUCUGUAAUCAGCUGACCGAUGGCUCCAGUCAUAGAAGCAGGCUUUAAAUAUUCGGCUGCUGGAAGCACAGGACUCUCCCAGCAGUCCUUGGUUCUAGUUUCCUUUAUGGUCCUUAUGGUCCUCAUUGUUAUGCUCUUCUACUGCUCGUCCUGUGGCUGGCAAUCCUUUCAAUUUUGUGAUGAUCGUGAAGAUGUGGAAAGAGGGGCUUCUAAACUCAUUAAAGUUACUAAACUGGAAAACCUUGAUUUUGUGGUUGUCAGAUGUAAUCCAGGUGGUGAAAUCCUUAAGGAUGAGAAAGGCAAACCUCAUUUGGAAAAUACUACCCAGGUAUCAACUCUCAGCUCAAGAGUGGAAGAAGAAAGGAAUCCCAAUGGAGUAACAAGUUCUCUAGACACUGAUAAAGCAAUGCCAGGAGUAUCACCCCCCCAAAAAUUUAGUUCUUCUGUGAAGACAGAUGACAUGCAGUUUCCCAAGGGGCUUCACACUGGAGACGUCAAUUCUGAACCUCUAAAAAAUCCACCAGAAAACUUCAAGUCACCACAGCAAAAGGAGCCAUUCUAUGAGACAGUGACGGAAGUAGAGAAACUACCGAGAAAUUCAUCGGUUAAGAAGUUAGAAGGUCCAGGGGUUAUCUUGGUCAUGCAGAACCUUUCAAAGACUCUGUAUGAGCCAAGCUUCCUUCCUAGCUUAUUGGUCACUAAGCCUGGGGACCGAGAGACAGGCCCUAUCUCUGAAAAUAAGCAUAAGAACUCAGACAUUCUAGCAGAUACCUUAGACCCAGCCUUGGAAAGCAUCAAAUUUCAACAGAUAGAGGGACACAUUUAUGAAACAGCAAAUGAUGUAAAAGAAGCCAGUAGCCAAUCCCUCCACUCUUCAUUGACACUCUCUUACAGACAUUCAGAUGCCAAUCUUCAGCCUGACAGUUCUUGUUUGUGGGUGAAUGACGAGCCAGAAGAUCCCACUUACCAAACUGUGAAGGAACUAGAAACUGAAUGUUCUUCCCCUACACUUCUGGAGACACUCCAGCCAGAACCAGACAGCACUGGCGCAAACCAGCAUAAACUGGUCUUAACAACAGAUGCUGUACUUGAAGAGAUCUUUGAGGAAGGAGAGGUUCUGGCCAAGCUGAAUGCUGUCUAUGCCAGAGUGAGCAGAAAGAGCAAGACCUUGUCCACAGCAGAGGAGGUCCAUUCAGAAUCAUCCAAUCAGGAACCUCAUAAUGAUGAUCCGCCUCCUCCUCCAUUGCCGGAGAAACGCUUUGGUAUCGAUCAAUCAUCUGAAUCUAAGAUUUUGGAAAAAGAAGUAACCAUAGAAAACCAAGCCACCAGUCAGCCAGAGACAGUGUCACCUCAGUAGAAUUCUAGGGGAGGGGAAGCCAAGGAAAGACAUCGAAGUGCCAUUUAUAUAUUGAUUUGUUAAUGGUUUUAACAACCCAUUAUAAUGGGGUUAUUUUCAUUAUAUUCUAAAUUGUACUUUUCUGGAAAAAACAGUGGUUAUCACAGUUGAUUAAGAAAGGUUAAACCACAAACUUGGGUUUAAAAAGAAUCAAUUUAUGUUUGGUUGAAAAAGGUAUGUUAUAUCGGAAAGGGUAUAUGGAGGCAUUAAGACCCUGGGGAUGAUACUGAUGUCAGGAUUAUCUCCAAUGUAGGUUAAUUGUUUAAUUAUGUAAUUGUCUGGGAGUUAAGAGUGGUAAGGUUGAGAAGGUAGGGGGGAGGGUGAACGUGAAGAGGAGUUGCUGAGAGCAUGAGUGGAGUUGCUUGUGCAGGAAGAAACGAAAGUAAGGAAAAAUAAGUAAGUUACGUGUGUGUGUAAAUCGGGGUAAACAGGAGUAGCCUGUCCCCGUUUAGAGAGGGUCGCUUUAACUGUUUAGUUAGACCCACAGAAGGGUUCAGGCUGUUCUUUUGUUUUAGUUUGCACCAACAGUGCAUUUGUUUUGUUUUCAAAUAAAGUCACGCCUCGGCGUGUUUCAUUCUAA